AUGGGGUUGGGCUCGUACUGUUCGAAACACGGCCCAGAAUACGCGGCGCUCACCAGAGAGUACAAGAUCUUGUCCGCCAAGAACGAGGCGCUCGACCCGGGGAAGCUGAGUCGGAGCGAGAUUCGCGCGUUGUACAGAUCCGAGGCCAAACGGGUGAUCAAAGCGAACAAGUUGUAUGUGAUGUCCUUGGAGGCGGAGUACGAUGCGCGUACGAUGCAGCAUGUGAGGUUCUUCGGUGAAGUUGAUCCUGGGCAUAUCAAAUGGCUGGAGAUCCUUCGCGGGAAGCAGCGGAGGGCACUCGCACAGCUCAAACUCUUCGACGAGGCCGGUUUCGACGUCGGGCCCUCCAGAGCCGUCAAGGAAUCGGCCAUCUUCAACUUCACACCUGUGCAUUCCUUCCGCCGCAAAGCACCAGAGGCUAGCCUUAUCCCGGACCUGUUCAUUCUGGUCCCCUGUAUCAUCGUCCUCGGAGUUUUGGUAUCGGUACUGUCGCCUGAGGCCUGGGCCACGUUGUGGGCCUUCUCACAACGCGUCAUCUCAUGGCUACCGACGAUCCUGCAGUACGCCAUCGUCAGCCCUGUACGAUGGCUUUGGUCGCUGACGAUCCCGACGAUCCGCGCACUGUGGAGUUUGACUGUGAUUUUGUGCACUACGGCGUGGAGGGUCGGCGUCUUCGCGUCUGAUCUGCUCUCGGGUAUGAUACAGAUCGAGGGGGCGGGAGACCCAUCGCGCUGGUAG